AUGUCUGCGAUCGGCUUUCCUCGCUCUGUGGCGGCUAUUUCUCCAUCGGCGAGAAGCUCUUCAACCAGGGAUUCAUCCUGCUCUCCCGCGUUCUCGAGGACGCUUUCCACGUCGAUCCUCACCAGCUCCACGUACCGUCCCCGCGGGGCAUCCAGCAUAGGCCGCGCUGGAUUCGGUCCAAGACUCACUUGCAGCCCGUGUUCGACCUUCUCGCCAAGCAAUCGCGGCUCGUCGAGUUCACCGAAUUCGCGCUCCGCGCCGCUGCCGCGCUCCAGGAGGUCGUUUCCACGUUUCCACUUUCAGAUAGGCGAACUUCGCGGCGGAUUCGCUGGCUUCCACCAAGGAAUUCAUCUUCUCGAAAAUCGUGGAAACGUUGAAACUGGUGCUCGUGGGCCCCGCGUCGUCCUCGGAUUUCCCGCGGGACGUGGAGCACCGCGAGGCGGUGGUGGGUCGGAUCGUGGGCGCGUGUGUGGCGAGCGGCGAAGAAGCCGCGUGUUUUGCCGCGUUUUCGUGGCUGCUGACCAACCACCACCUCGACCUGCUGCUCAGCGUGCGCAGCCCGCUCGUCGAAGCCUUCCUCAAGACCCAGGACGUCCAGCUGCUCCACCGGUACUACCUCAAAAACCGCGACUACGUCAACGCCGCCGAGGUGAUGUGCGCCGCCGCCUUCGCGGAUUCGGUGUGCGUGUCGGACCGUCUCCGCUUCCUCACUUCCUGCCUCAACGACCUCAACGCCUCCCAGGCCGGCUUCUCCCCGCGGCCGUCGGCGCUGCGCGCGGCGUCGCUGCAGACGGUGCAGCGGAACCUGGCGGUGCAGGCGGCGCUCUGCGAGGACCUGGCGCACGCCGAGACCGUGGAAACGGUGGAAACGGAGGAGAGAGAGGCGCUGCGGACGCGCGUGCUGGAGGCGACGGAGCUGUACAACGUGGCGGUGAGGGCUGGGAGGGACGACGCGGCGCUGCGCGUGCUGCGGAACACGGGGUUCAGCGAUGCGGAGACGAUCCGGAAACACUGGGGAGCGCUGAUCGAUGA